GCCGGACGUUAAAUAUCCUGCAAUUAAAAACCGAUUGGAACACAGUUGGCAUAAAAAGAGGGCCCAUUUUACUCAAUAAAAUAAUUACAAUUUCUUUCGCCAAACGAUCGCUUUGAUAUUCAGCAUGUGGAAACUAAGUUUGCUGCUGUUUUUAGGCCUUCUUGCAGUCAAUAAAGCAUGUGAAGAAAAUAUUAUAAGGGGAUGUUUGGAUGAGCUAGCGGCAGAUAUGGAGUCACUUAGAGGCUUACCGAAUGAAGACGAAUUACGACGAAUUUGCCCAGGGAUGUUAGAGACUUUCGAAUGCAUUCGAAAGAGAGCUCUAGCUUGUAGAAGAGGCACCCCGGAGGAGGCAGCCAGACGGCAAGAUGACUUAGAAGAUGCGAGAUCCGCUCAGCUUUUCCUCAAUAUUGAAUCGCUCGUAAAAGAUCUAUGCGAUGAAGAUACCAGCUUGCAUAAAAGCUAUAUACGUACUCACCACUGUACCAGUGAAUAUUUUAGUGAGCCUAAAAUGCAGUGCAGAAGAGAAGCAGAGGCUGCAUAUGCAGCUUACAGAGAUUUGACAGAAAAUCUGCCAGAGGGAAAUGACAUCGAAGAGACUGGAAAAGGAGAAUGCUUGGUCCAGGCAUACGCUUUCGCAUGCAUAGCACACGAUCUUCAAACUGCGUGCGGUGAGGAAGCUCGAGCAGUUUUGGGAGAAAUUAUCCAAAGGUCAAAAAUUUCGAAACUGACCACCUGCUCAGACGUAAACAUCGAAGAACUAAAAGCUAACUUCCUCGAAUCCUUGAACUUGGAGGAGGAACGAAGAGAUAUUUUCUCUUCAGCUUUCUUCAUGAUAAAGAAGAAGAAGUAAUCAGUGGUCCGUGACUGCAAAAUAACCUAUAACCUAAAUCCAUUAAAUAUUCAUUUAAUGGGUAACACGAACUUUUUGCAUUUGUCUGAAAGAAUUACAAAUUAUUUCGUAACGUUUCAUUAAAAUUUGAAGUAAGGAAAUAAAUCGUUAUUUUAUUUGAUA